UUGGGCUGCUUGUCCCUCUGUCGAUUCUUGUUGGCCUUCAGCCCACCAGACCGUACCUUUCUCACUAGGGAUUAGAGAGCAAAUCCCGGUUGCCUGACCACGCCACGCGUCACCCCGUCGCUCCGAUCCGCCACGUGUUUUCAUUGGUCGCAUUUCGUUGUAGUACCAUCCUCGCUAUAGCGCGAUGGAGGGCGUGGAGGAGCGGCUCCUGCGGGCGCUGAACGAGGCCGGGGAGAUUAAAGACUCUGGUGACUGGGCCGCGAGUGCCGGCGUGGAUCACGCCGCGCUGGUCGGAACCAUUAAGAGCCUCCUCGCGUACGAGAUGAUCGUCGCAGAGGAGAUCGAGCACCAAUCAUGGACCCUCACAGACGAGGCGAAGGGGUACCUCGAUUCGGGAUCGCCCGAAGCGCAGGUGUUCAACGCCGUGCCAGAUGGCGGCAUCCCAUUGGACGGUUUGAAGAAAUCCCUCGGCGCGGUGGCGGAUAUCGGGAUGAAGCAGGCGAUGGCGAAUAAGUGGCUCGCUAUAAGCAAGGGCGAAGGGGGACCCACGGUUCAGCGAAAAGUGGCUUCUAUCGAGGAUAAAGUGCAGCGGCUGCUGACGAGCCUGAGCAAAGGAGAGACCCUACCCACCCCCGACCUGGACUACCUCCACAAGAAGCGCAAGCUGGUGGCGCCCAGCACGUGGCGGACCUACCUGCUGGGCAAAGGGGCGAAGUUCGCCCUGGAGAAGAAAAAGGCCGCCACCGACCUCACCAGGGAGAUGAUCCAGAGUGGCGCGUGGAAGUCUGAGGAGUUCAAGCCGUACAACUUCAACGCCCUGGGUCUGCCCACGGAAGGGGGGCACCUGCACCCGCUGCUGAAGGUUCGGGCCCAGUUUCGGAAGAUCUUCCUUGAAAUGGGCUUCCAAGAGAUGCCGACCAACAACUUCGUGGAGAGCAGCUUCUGGAACUUCGACGCGCUCUUCCAGCCACAGCAGCACCCUGCUCGAGACUCCCACGACACCUUCUUCCUCACUGCCCCUGCUGCCACGAAAGAGCUCCCAGAGGAUUACCUCCAGCGCGUGAAGACAAUGCACGAGACCGGAGGGCAUGGGUCCACCGGUUAUGGCUACGACUGGAAGCGGGCUGAAGCCGAGAAGAACCUCCUGCGCACGCACACCACGGCGGUGUCAUCACGCAUGCUGUACCAGCUGGCGCAGGAGGGCUUCCAGCCAAGGAAGUACUUCUCAAUCGAUCGGGUGUUCCGGAAUGAGGCGGUGGACAGGACUCACCUGGCCGAGUUCCACCAGAUAGAAGGAGUUAUCUGUGACCGGGGCACAACCCUAGGUGACCUUAUAGGCGUGCUCAACCAGUUCUUUGCCAGACUGGGCAUCACUCGCCUGCGUUUCAAGCCAGCUUACAACCCCUACACCGAACCCAGCAUGGAGAUCUUCAGCUACCAUGAGCAGCUCAAGAAGUGGGUGGAGGUGGGCAACAGCGGCAUGUUUCGCCCAGAGAUGCUCCAGCCAAUGGGGCUCCCCCCUGACGUGUCCGUCAUUGCCUGGGGCCUCUCCCUCGAGCGCCCCACUAUGAUUCUGUAUCACAUCGACAACAUCCGUGAUCUCUUCGGCCAUAAGGUUGAUCUGAAGCUGAUCAAAUCAAAUCCCAUCUGCCGCCUCGGCUUAUGAAUUUCCAAAACCUGCCCCGUGGACCCUACAAGUAAUGCAUAAAUUUCCACAAGACACUUACCGUAACUUUCCCAUAUGUGAGCACGGUACACGAUGCAUGCCUCUGUCCAGUGUUUGUUUCUUUGUCCGUUUGUAGUGCCUGCCGUGCUGUCCGCACUAGGUUUUCUGGCUUGUCUGUAAAUCAGACGGCACUUAGGGUGGUGGUAUCGUAAUACCUCUGAUGGGUUGAGUUACAAUGCCUAAUGUUUGUUCGACAAUGUAGCGCCUUUGUUCCACGAUGAAAAGCCAAGCGAAACC